CACUUCCCCGAACACGUCUCCCAGUUGGGGCGGGUAUAUAAGGUGCUCUUCUCUGAGAUAUUCCAUUCAAGAUUGACGCCACAGGCUCUUGAGCCGAAGACUCUGCACUUUUGACAAAUACUUUCAAGUCAGAGAAAUGUCUGUUGAUUUGGAUAAAUGUUUCGAAGUAGUGAUGGAGCUUGCGAAGGCAGGUGGCAAGAUAAUACGGGAAAGAAUUUACAACAAAAAAACAGUGAACACAAAGUCGGAUCGAAUUGAUCUGGUUACAGAAACUGAUCAAGAAGUUGAAAAAAUGCUUAUAUCAAAUCUCCAGGCUCAAUUCCCUGACCACAGGUUCAUUGGAGAAGAGUCAACAGCUGAAGGCAUUCCAUGUGAACUUACAGAUGCUCCGACUUGGAUAAUCGAUCCAAUAGAUGGGACAAUGAACUUUGUUCAUGGUUAUCCUAAUGUCUGCACUUCCAUUGGGUUCACUGUGAAUAAAAUCACUGAAAUAGCCAUAAUAUACAAUCCUGUCCUGGAACAAAUGUUCACUGCACGGAGAGGACAGGGAGCUAAGCUUAAUGGAGAACCUAUUCAUGUAUCUGGAGAGAAAGAACUGAAACAAGCUUUGCUAGGUCUCGAAUGUGGCACAACACAUGAGGCUGAAAAAAUGAGUAAUAAUUUUAAGAACCAACAAACUUUUACUCCUAUUGUACAUGGGACCAGAUCAAGUGGAUCAGCCGCAAUUGAUAUGGCAAUGGUAGCCAUGGGAGGUUCUGAUGCAUAUUUUGAGUUUGGCAUCCAUGCCUGGGACUAUGCUGCAGGUGAUCUGCUUGUUAGAGAGGCAGGUGGCGUGUGUCUUGAUCCUGAAGGUGGACCAUUGGAUUUACUGGCUAGACGAAUGUUAUGUGCUGCUUCAAUGGAAUUGGCACAAGAGAUGAUUCCAAAAAUCAGUCAAAUCUACCCUCCUAGGGAUUAAUUGAAUCAAUAGCAUUCCUUUCUGUAGUCUGAAAGUGGAUCAAGCAACUUCUGUUGCAAAAUUCUAAACUACAAACUGCUGUGAAUCAAUCAUGUCUUUAAAAAAAUGUAAUUGCCAUUCCAGAUAAUCUCUUACACCAGAAAAUAUAUUCAGUCUCAUUAGUUACAAA